GGGAGGGGGAUUUGGGGCAGCGCCUUAGCGACCAGGCCUUUCCGGCAGGUUUUCUUCUCUCGCUCCCCUGAGGCUUCCCGGACAGCGCUUGCGCAGGGCACUCGAAACAGAGGUGGCCGAGUUAUCGGGAGGGGCCUGAGUGGGCGCUUCAAGGACCCAAGAUUGUCUGAAGCCACAGGGAAAAUGGUGGAAAAUUCACCGUCGCCAUUGCCAGAAAGGGCGAUUUAUGGCUUUGUUCUUUUCUUAAGCUCCCAAUUUGGCUUCAUACUGUAUCUCGUGUGGGCUUUUACUCCUGAAUCUUGGCUAAACUCCUUAGGCCUGACCUACUGGCCUCAAAAAUACUGGGCGGUUGCACUGCCCGUCUACCUCCUCAUUGUUAUAGUCAUUGGUUAUGUGCUCUUGUUUGGAAUAAACAUGAUGAGUACCUCUCCGCUCAACUCCAUUCAUACGAUCACAGAUACCUAUGCUGAAAACCAACAGCAGAAGGAGUACCAAGAAGACGCCAUCCCAGCAUUAAGAGACAUUCCUAUCAGUGAAGUAAACCGAAUGUUCUUUCUUACAGCCAAAGAACUUAAACCAAAAACUAAAUCGAAUGUAGACUAACAACAAGCAUUCAUUAUAAAAGUUUUCAAUGUAAUAAUUUUGACCAUAAUUAUUUUGACUAUCUCUCUUAUUAAACUUGAUAUUGAAAUGUAAAAACA